AUGACGCGCCAGAAUAAUGAGUUAAGAGAAGAGAACCUAAGAUUACAGGAUAAAAGAUCAAGAAGCACCACACGCUCAAGGUCAAGGUCAAGCAGGAGUACAUCAAGACGUAGCCAAUCUAGUAGAAGAGAUAUUAUACUAGAACCACCUUUGGAUAACAUUGCCGAGAACUUUCAAAUAAAUGACGGUUUACAGGAUCCACGCGGUGAACAUCGCAUAGAAAAACAACCGAUUGAUGAUCGGUACGUACAUCAUGGCGAAGAUUACCACACGCAAGAGGGUAACAGAGGUAAUAUACAUGAACAACAAGGCGAGCGGUAUCACGUUCGUCAUGAUCAAGAUGAUGAGAAUGACUCAGAACAAGGGAGAAUGAUAUUGCACGGAAGAGAAAUGCUAAGACAUCAACAUGAUCGCGCAGACGAAGCUGAGAGACAUAACAUCGCACAGAUUGAUGCAAGAGAUGAAAGAGAGAGGCGUAUGAGAAGAAGAUAA